GCUUGCUCGCUCGCUCGCUGGCUCGCUCUCCCCGCGCACGCUCCGUCUCCGUCAGUCCCCGGAGCUGUUCUAGUGCGCGGCGUGGAGCCAGAGCCCAGGCUGGUGGAGCGGCCGGGGCCGGAGGCUGCGAGCGCGGCGCGCACCGCCUCCCCGCGCCAUUAUCCGCGCUCGCUACGGGCGAGGCCGGCGCCGCGAUGGCAGAGAUGGGGAGCAAGGGGGUGACGGCGGGGAAGAUCGCCAGCAACGUACAGAAGAAGCUGACCCGAGCGCAGGAGAAGGUCCUGCAGAAACUGGGGAAGGCGGAUGAGACUAAGGAUGAGCAGUUUGAACAGUGCGUCCAGAAUUUCAAUAAGCAGCUGACAGAGGGCACCCGGCUGCAGAAGGAUCUCCGGACCUACCUGGCUUCUGUUAAAGCCAUGCACGAAGCCUCCAAGAAGCUGAGUGAGUGUCUGCAGGAGGUGUACGAGCCCGAGUGGCCUGGCAGGGAUGAAGCAAACAAGAUUGCAGAGAACAAUGACCUGCUGUGGAUGGAUUACCACCAGAAGCUGGUGGAUCAGGCUCUGCUGACCAUGGACACCUACCUGGGCCAGUUCCCUGACAUCAAGUCACGCAUUGCCAAGCGGGGGCGGAAGCUGGUGGACUAUGACAGUGCCCGGCACCACUACGAGUCUCUUCAAACUGCCAAAAAGAAGGAUGAAGCCAAAAUUGCCAAGCCUGUCUCGCUGCUUGAGAAAGCCGCCCCCCAGUGGUGCCAAGGCAAACUACAGGCUCAUCUUGUAGCUCAAACUAACCUGCUCCGAAAUCAGGCAGAGGAGGAGCUCAUCAAAGCCCAGAAGGUGUUCGAGGAGAUGAAUGUGGACCUGCAGGAGGAGCUGCCAUCCCUGUGGAACAGCCGUGUAGGUUUUUAUGUGAACACGUUCCAGAGCAUCGCGGGCCUGGAGGAAAACUUCCAUAAAGAGAUGAGUAAGCUCAACCAGAACCUCAACGACGUCCUGGUCAGCCUAGAGAAGCAGCAUGGGAGCAAUACCUUCACAGUCAAGGCCCAGCCCAGAAAGAAAACUAAACUGUUCUCACGGCUGCGCAGAAAGAAGAACAGUGACAAUGUACCUGAGAAAGGGAACAAGAGCCCGUCACCUCCUCCAGAUGGCUCCCCUGCUGCUACCCCUGAGAUCAGAGUGAAUCACGAACCAGAGCCAGCCAGUGGGGCCUCACCUGGGGCCACCAUCCCCAAAUCCCCAUCUCAGCUCCGGAAAGGCCCACCCGUCCCUCCGCCUCCCAAACACACCCCAUCCAAGGAGAUGAAGCAGGAGCAGAUUCUCAGCCUUUUUGAUGACGCAUUUGUCCCUGAGAUCAGCGUGACCACCCCCUCCCAGUUUGAGGCCCCCGGGCCUUUCUCAGAGCAGGCCAGUCUACUAGACCUGGACUUCGACCCCCUCCCGCCAGUGGCAAGCCCUGUGAAGGCACCCACACCCUCUGGCCAGCCAAUCCCAUGGGACCUCUGGGAGUCCACAGAGACUCAAGCUGGCAUCCUGCCUUCCGGGGAGCCCAGUUCUGCUGAGGGCACCUUUGCUGUGUCCUGGCCCAGCCAGACGGCCGAGCCAGGGCCUGCCCAACCAGCAGAGGCCUCCGAGGUGGUGGGUGGAGCCCAGGAGCCAGGGGAGACAGCGGCCAGUGAAGCAGCCUCCAGCUCACUUCCGGCUGUGGUGGUGGAGACCUUUUCAGCAACUGUGAAUGGUGCCGUGGAGGGCAGCGGUGGGGCUGGGCGCUUGGACCUGCCCCCGGGCUUCAUGUUCAAGGUGCAGGCCCAGCACGAUUACACGGCCACUGACACUGACGAGCUGCAACUCAAAGCUGGCGACGUGGUGCUGGUGAUCCCUUUCCAGAACCCGGAGGAGCAGGAUGAAGGCUGGCUCAUGGGAGUGAAGGAGAGCGACUGGAAUGAUCACAAAGAGCUGGAGAAAUGCCGGGGCGUCUUCCCGGAGAAUUUCACCGAGCGGGUGCAGUGACGGCGGCGGCGGAGCCCCUGCAGCCUUCUGGUGUGUGAACACCUUUUCCCAAGAGAUGUGUGCUUUCCUUUUCUUUGUUUUUUUCUUCCUCCCUCUUCUGUUUGUUUUUGUUUUGAAACCCUUGAAAAGUGUCGGGAAAUUGGGGAGUGCAGACCUAAGCCAAGAGAUGUUCCCCCAAAGACGAGGUGGUUUUUCCAAAGAGCCGUCCGGCCCAGUUCAGUGGACUUCUCCAGUGUUCCCGAAGCUGCUGUGUCCUCCUAGUUAGUUCCCGGUGCCCGCAUGUUCAGGGCGGGCCGGGGGGCGCAGAGCCACCGCCGCACCUGCCUGACGCUUGGCCGCGCCACCGGGCAGGGCUUGGGGUCCUCUUCUGGCAGCUGCCGUGGGUGGGGCCUGCACACUGGCCCAGCCUGGUCCCGCUCUGCAGACCAUCCGUGUGCUGUUUGAAAAUAAGCCCUAGUGUUCAAAAUGCAGCAAAACAAACAAAACCUGACAAAACCAUCCA